AAGCCAAGCCGUGGCGGCGCCGCGCGCUCGUAGCUGAAGCGGGCGACAUCCACUGCCUUUCAACGUUCGAUACUAAAUUGUACGAAAUACGACCUGCAGCUUGUCUGGGCAAUUAUUUAAGGCAAAAGGGCCGGGGUCGCAGGACUCACUCGAUCGGUUGAUCAUUGCUCACACAAACCGUCGUGUUAUCUGCACCUCCUGCACCAACAUACAUACAUCCCUUGUAGAGGUGAGCAAUUCAAGGCAGGCGUACAUACAACACAGGGAAACCGACCGGCCAACAAGCGCAUCAUUGAACAGCGCCUCGCCGCAAUGCACGUCACGAUUGCGCCAGCCAGCACCCGGACCGCGGCGGCUGUGAUCCGCUCGCUGCUGGCCCAGGCACCACCCGGCUCGGUGGACAUCCACGCCCUGUACCGCAACCUCGCCAAGGUGCCCAAGGAGUUUGCCGAGAAGCCCAACUUCCAUGCGCUCCAGGGCGACGUCUCGGACCCCACGACGCUCGACUUUACGGGGUCGGACGCCGUGCUGACCAUUACGCCGCCGGCGUUCGACGGCGGCGACAUUGUGAAACGCGCCGAGGAGGUCUCCAAGAAUGUCAAAGACGCCGUUGAAGCUGCGGGCAGCGUCCAGCGGCUCGUGCUCCUGAGCAGCGUCGGGGCGCAGUUGAGUGAGGGCGUGGGUGAGAUCAAGACAAACAACGCGGCGGAGCGAGUACUCGCCACAACAAACGUCCCGGCCAUUACGUUUGUCCGCUGCGCCUACUUUAUGGAGAACUGGACCAUGGGGAUGGAGACGCUCAAGGCACCAGAGCCAUUCAUCUUCUCCACUAUCACGCCCCUCGACUGGAAACUUCCCAUGGUGGCCGUCGCGGACAUCGGGUCGACGCUGGCCGCCGAGCUUCUCCGUGAAGCCUCUCCGCCGCCCUCGAAGCCGUACAUUUUCGAGCUGCACGGGCCGCGGCAGUACACGCCUCUGGACGCUCAAGCCGCCUUCUCCAGGGCAAUGGGCAAGCAGGUCGCGGUGAAGCCCGUCGAGAAGAGCGAGCUGCACGGCUUCUACUCACAAGUUUUUCCGCCGGACAGUGUUGGCGACUGGGUCGAGAUGUCUAUGAGCUUCCUUGAGGGCGGUGUCAUGGCGGCCGAUAAGGUCGACUAUAGCAAUGUGAACGUCGUGCAUGGGCGGACAGAACUGGACGAGGCUCUGAAGGAGGCUUACUCGCAGGCUGCAUAGUUGAGCGCAACCAUCCCUCUUGUCUUGUCGCUGGGAAGCAGCCUUACAAAAUUGGAAGGUGUGCAUGUGUCGGAUCGCUUUGGAAACAUGAUGCUCACGGUCUGGUCCGGUAUGUACUUCGUACAUUCACUGCGUGUGGAGCCACGAGUUUAGCCAUCUGGAGCCCCUAUUUGCACCGUAACGCACGAUUUGACUACCUGAAUGCCCGGGAC